UAAGGACAAACAUGAUUGGUCACCUCUCGUGACUGUGGGCCAACUUGUACACGUCGGCAUCAACGCGCUGCGGAUGUUCCCAAACUUCGUCUUUUGGUCAACAGCAAACAACUUUUUUUGUGGACAAUACUUGAAAUUGUUGUGGAUAAUACCAAAGAGUCCGCUUGCUUCCUGUCCGAGACAUGGCGGUACUGUAACGCAGGGUGUCAAAGGACAGAAUGGACGUGCCUAAAGUUGUCCCAUGAAAGGCAAAAGUUGUGUUCCAAAGGGUGUCAUGGGACCUCUCGACGUUUGAACUCGGGCAAGAUGAGAUUUCGGUUGGCCAAGAAAAACCUUUUCCUGCUCGUGUGCGUCUCCUUGGCGGUGUGGACUCUUCUGCUGUCCACGCGUGCGCUGUCGGUGUCCGAGCGCCAGGGAGCAAACGGGAGCCUCCAGAGAUGGCGGGUGGAGGUGGGAGGCUCUCUGCCACAGUUGACGGCGUCCAUCCACUCUGCCAAUCACCAGCAGCUUGUUGGGAACGCGCACAAGUUUCCUUCGGAGCCUGAGCUUGUGGUGGUCGUGCAGGUCCACGAGGCUCCACAACACCUGCGACUCCUUGUGGAGUCCCUGGAGAAAGCAGCUCAGGUCCACAAGUUCCUCCUCGUCUUCAGCCACGACUUCUUCUCGGCGGAAAUCCACGCCAUUGUGCAAGGCGUCACUUUCUGCAAGGUGCUGCAGAUUUAUUUCCCGUUCAGCACGCAGCUGUUUCCCACGGAGUUUCCCGGGCAGGAUCCACGGGACUGCCGGAGGAACACGAGCAGAGAAAACGCCCGCAGGAGCGGAUGUCUGAACGCGGAACACCCGGACGUGCACGGACAUUACCGAGAGGCCGGCGUGACGCAGCGCAAACAUCACUGGUGGUGGAAGCUGCACUUUGUGUGGGAGAGGGUGAAGGUCAUGCAGGGCUACGAUGGCUCGGUCCUCCUCCUGGAGGAGGACAACUACGUCUUGCCGGACUUGUUCCACUUCCACACGGCCAUGGUGGCGCUGAAGAAAAGCAGCUGCCAGGACUGUGAUCUGCUGGCGUUGGGGAGCCACCAAGACCGGAGCAACUUUAGCAACCACGUGAGCACAGGAUGGAUGUCCACCAAGACCAGUGUGGGCCUGGUGCUGGACAGGGACGUGUACUACAAGCUGAUGGGCUGCGCCAAGGACUUCUGCACGUACGACGACUACAACUGGGACUGGACUCUGCAGCACCUCUCUGGAAGCUGCCUCUCCAAGCCCCUCAAAGUGCUCGCCGCUCAGGGCGCCAGGGUUCUUCACACGGGAGACGUCGAGCCAGACGUGGCCUCACAGAAGGUGGAGGAGGUGUUGGAGAUGGCCAAAGAUGGCCUCUUCCCGCCGUCUCUGGUCCUUGGCGCCUCUGAAGCAGCACACCUCAACACGCAGGUGAAGAACGGAGGCUGGGGCGACGUGCGGGACCACGUUCUGUGCAGAAACUAUGCCAAACUUCUCUGAAACAUCACAAAAACACACACACAAACAUGUCUGAAACAUCACACACACAAACAUGUCUGAAACAUCACACAAACACACACACAAACAUAUCUGAAACAUCACACAAACACACACACAAACAUGUCUGAAACAUGACAAUCACACACACAAACAUGUCUGAAACAUCGCACAAUCAUACACAAACACACACACAAACCAGUCUGAAACAUGACACAAUCACACACACAAACAUGUCUGAAACAUGACACCAUCACACACAAACAUGUCUGAAACAUCACACAGAAACAUGUCUGAAACAUCACACACAAACAUGUCUGAAACAUCACACACAAACAUGUCUGAAACACCACACAGAAACAUGUCUGAAACAUCACACACAAACACACACACAAACAUGUCUGAAACAUCACACAAACACACACACACAAACAUGUCUGAAACAUCACACAAACACACACACAAGCAUGUCUGAAACAUGACACAAUCACACACACAAACAUGUCUGAAACAUCACACAAUCAUACACAAACACACUCACAAACCAGUCUGAAACAUGACACAAUCACACACACAAACAUGUCUGAAACAUCACACAAUCAUACACACGCACACACACAAACAGGUCUGAAACAUGACACAAUCCCACACACAAACAUGUCUGAAACAUGACACAAUCACACACAAACAUGUCUAAAACAUCACACAAUAAUACACAAACACACUCACAAACAUGUCUGAAACAUGACACCAUCACACACAAACAUAUCUGGAACACCACACACAAACAUGUCUGAAACAC